GACACGGGUGACACCGAGGGACACCCAGGGCACGGGAACACCCUCAGGCUGGGGCCACCACCCGUGAUGUCACCGCACGGUGACCUGUCACACAGCGCGGGGGUCGCUGGGGCUCCCACGCUCAUUAACCCCCCCACCUGAGUAGUUAAUUAACUAAUUACCAGCGCGGCUGCUCCUAAUUGCCCCCGGGUGGGGGGAUGGGGUGGGCGGGCUCCCUGUGACCCCAUAAAUGCCGCUCUGGGGUGGCCCCGCUGUUUGUGGGCUCCCCUUGGGGUUCGGAACCGCGGCGCUGCUUUGGGCUGUGCCACCCCCGAGCCGUGUCCCCUCCCCAGCCAUGUCCUUCACGGACAGCACCGACAGCGGCUCCGACAGACCCGUGUCCGUCCUUUGGGGGUGCGAGCUGAGCAGCGCCAGGAGCUCCUGCACCUUCCGAGUCACCGAGCAUUGGAACUGCGAGCAGCAGCUGGUGCUGCGCACGGUGUGCCUGGGGGACGCGGCCCGGGAUGAGUUCCACGUGCUCGAGGUGGUGGCCGAGGACGGCGACAGCCGCGCCCCGGUGCCGCUGGCCACGCUCAAACCCUCGGUGCUGCCCAUGGCCUCGCUGGCCGGAGUGGAGCUGACCCCCCCGGUGACCUUCCGCCUGCGAGCCGGCUCCGGGCCGCUCUUUGUCAGCGGCCAGCACGUGUCCAUCAUGGACCUGAGCUCGGACGAGGAUGAGGAUGAUGAUGAUGAGGAGGAAGCAGCAGAGGAGGCCCCCAAGAAGCCCCCCAAGGGCUCAGGUGCCCAGAAGGGCGGCACGGCCAAGAAAAGGAAGCGGGAAAAGGAGGAGGAGCCCAGGAACAGCCUGGCCCCCGCGCGUCCCCCCCCAGCCAAGGGACGCGGGGCCGGCCGGGGCAGGAAAGGAGCAGCCAAGAAAUGACGGGAAUUGGGGAAUUCCGGGAAUUCCAUCCAGGUGCCUGGAAGCAGCAGCAGCUGCUGGUGGU